AGCCUCACAAUCUGCAGACUUCCGUGGCCUCACCAGCUUCCUCCCAUGGCCGCAACUUCACGCCACGUCUUUCUUUCUUCAUCUUCCCCCUAAACACAAAGCCCCAUCAAAACUUUACUCAACCCAACAAUGGCGAAAUUCUCGAUUCGGCCACACAACACUCGCUUCUUUCUCUCCCACCCCACUAACCCCCACGCUUCAAUUUCCCGCUCAAUUCGCGCCACUCCCUCACUUUCUCGCCCGCAACUCCUGCGAUUAAGCAUCCGGGUUCGCUGUAGCAUCAGAGAGAAAGAAAAUGUCAAGCGAAACGAGGAGGUUCCCUCUGUGCUCUCGGGCCUCCGUGUCGACGAAUCGGAACGAAUCGGGUCCAUUUCGAAACCCGAGGACGAUUCCAGCUCUGGAAAUGGAGUUGUUGAGGUGGGUUCCGAUGCGAAUUGGCCGCCGUGGAAGAAUGUUCCCGAGAGGUAUAAAUUGAUCGGCACCACGGCGCUUGCCUUCGUUAUCUGCAACAUGGACAAGGUGAAUCUAAGCGUUGCUAUAAUUCCAAUGUCGCACCAGUUUGGGUGGAAUUCUUCGGUGGCUGGGUUGGUUCAGUCAUCUUUCUUCUGGGGUUAUGCUUUGAGCCAGUUGCCUGGUGGGUGGCUUGCCAAGAUAUUUGGUGGGAGAAAAGUUCUGGAAAUCGGAGUACUGACUUGGUCACUAGCCACCGCUCUCGUUCCAUUUCUUGCUGGAUAUAUGCCUGGAUUAAUAUUAUCCAGAAUUUUGGUUGGCAUCGGAGAAGGGGUUUCGCCAUCGGCUGCAACUGACCUUAUUGCGAGGUCAAUCCCUCUGCAGGAACGCUCACGGGCAGUUGCAUUUGUUUUUGGUGGGCUGAGUGUAGGAAGCGUUUCAGGCCUACUUUUGGCUCCUUCUCUAAUCCAAAAUUUAGGUUGGGAAUCAGUGUUCUACAUUUUUGGCAUUCUGGGUAUAGCCUGGUUUGCAGGAUUCCAGUUCCUGGAUGGACAAGGACCAGCAUCAUCAACUGCAAUCCCAGUUAAAUCCAAUUCAGCAUCCAAACUCAAACAUCUACCUGCCGCCCUCAAGGAAGUACCAUGGAAGGCGUUUAUGGAGUAUCCACCAUUAUGGGCAAUGAUAUACACUCAUUUCUGUGGGAGUUGGGGUCACUAUACCUGUCUCUCUUGGCUUCCUACUUAUUUUAGCGAGGAGUUGAACCUUAAUUUGACUGAAGCUGCUUGGGUUUCCAUCCUUCCGCCCCUGGCUUCAAUUUUUGUAACCAGCAUUGCAGCACAGUUGGCUGAUAACUUGAUUACCAACGGUGUCGAUACCACGACGGUAAGAAAGAUUUGCCAAACCAUUGCCUUUGUGUCCCCAGCAGUUUGCAUGACUUUGUCCUCUGUUGAUUUAGGAUUGCCACCUUGGGAGGUUGUAGGAAUUUUAACCACUGGCUUGGCCCUAUCAAGUUUUGCACUGUCCGGACUUUACUGUACUCAUCAAGAUAUGUCACCUGAAUAUGCAAGUGUCCUUUUGGGCAUUACGAAUACUGUCGGAGCAAUACCGGGUAUUAUAGGAGUUGCUCUCACUGGCUUUCUUCUUGAUUCAACUCAUUCCUGGAGUAUCUCACUGUUUGCCCCGUCAAUCUUCUUCUACUUGACCGGGACAAUCAUUUGGUUGGUCUUCGCCAGCAGUAAACCUCAAUCCUUUUCGAAGAACGAAGAAUGAAUUGUGUUGAAUACAAUAGGAAUGCUUCCAUCACGUCAUUGGUAUAGCCAUUGACUACAUUUUACAUAUUCAAGUUCUUCAGUUGUAUAUUUAUAGUGAACACAUAACAUGUAUAUUCCCCAAUAGAGCAUCAUUCAUUAUCAUUUAGAUAUUUUGUUUUCUAACCAUUUUUAAUCAGAGUAAUCCU